GAGGUACGCUACAGGACAGGUCUCCAGUCAGCCAAGCUGAUCUAUAUAUCUAUAUCUAUGUAUCUAUAUUGUGUUUCAGCACCAGAAGAGUUGAGCUGUAUCAUAGGAGAGGUACGCUACAGGACAGGUCUCCAGUCAGCCAAGCUGCUGCGCCAGCUGAAGAGGAGAGACCGCCUCAGUCACAAGCUCCAGAAGAACUAUGACAUCAUCACCGCCUGUCUGCAGGCCGUGUCCCAGAAGAGAAGAGUGGACACCAGGUUAAAGUUCACCAUCGAACCUUCUCUGGGCAAGAACGGCUUCCAACAGUGGUAUGAUGCUCUGAAGGCUGUGGUCAGACUUCCUACAGGCAUCCCUAAAGAGUGGAGGAAGAGGGUAUGGCUGACUCUAGCUGAUCAGUACCUCCACAGUAUCUCUAUCGACUGGGACAAAACUCUCCGCUUCGCUUUCAACGAACGCAGUAACCCUGACGAUGACUCACUGGGCAUCCAGAUUGUUAAGGACCUACACAGGACAGGUUGUAGUUCAUACUCCGGCCAGGAGGGGGAGCAGGACCGGGUGGUGCUGAAGAGGGUGCUCCUGGCGUACGCUCGCUGGAAUAAGGCUGUAGGAUACUGUCAGGGCUUCAACGUACUGGCGGCGCUCAUACUGGAGGUUACAGAGGGCAACGAGAGCCACGCACUCAAGGUGAUGAUCUACCUGAUAGACAAGGUGCUACCAGAGAGUUAUUUUGCCAACAACCUGCGUUCUCUGUCUGUGGACAUGGCUGUGUUUAGAGAUCUCCUGAGGAUGAAGCUGCCUCAUCUCUCACAGCACCUACACCUCCUGCAGAAGACUGCUGAUAGAGAGGCUGGAGGCAGCUACGAGCCUCCCCUGACCAACGUAUUCACGAUGCAGUGGUUUCUGACCAUGUUUGCUACGUGCCUGCCCCCCAACACCGUGCUGAAGAUCUGGGACUCUGUUUUCUUCGAAGGUUCUGAGGUUCUGCUGAGGGUGGCUCUGGCCAUCUGGUCUCACCUGGGGGAGCAUAUAGAGUACUGUCAGACAGCAGACGAGUUCUACAGCACCAUGGGAUGGAUCACUCAGGAGAUGUUGGAGAACAGCCUCAUAGACUGUAGCCACCUCAUGCAGACGGUGUACUCCAUGGCUGUGUUUCCAUUCCCUCAGCUGGCUGAACUCCGAGAGAAAUACACCUACAACAUCACCCCCUUCCCCACCUCCAACCCCAAUGGCAGUGGUGGUCUAGGUGGCUGGGAGGGUGAUGAAGACGAGGAUGAAGAUGAAGAUGCAGUGGUGACAGCAGCGUUGGGAUGUUUGGGUCCACUGGGGGGGCUGCUAGCUCCAGAACUACAGCGGUACCAGAGACACAUUAAAGACCAGCGUGGGGGGGAGCAGGGCGGUAACAUGGCAGACCUGAGUCCCGGGGCGGUGGAUGGUGGCGGCAGAGCGGAGCAUCAAGCGGCCAUCAACAGCAUGCUGCAGGAGAGAAUGAGUACUGACAUCACCGCUCUGAAGAAACAAUACUCACGUAUCAAGAGACAUCAGCAACAACAGGCCAGGCAGCUGUACAUACACACAGAUAGAUGUCCAGCCACCAGCGUGUUAGCAUCUCAGCUACAUCCUUCUCCUGUCGUCAACCACCUGUUGCUAGGCAGGAAGCCCAGGAACAGCCUGAAACACCCUCCCUCCUCUCCCUCCAGCCUGCGAGGUGUCCCCCUGCCUCAGGCACAGUCCAGCCCUGCCACCCCUGGCCCUGCCCCUAACCCCACCCCUAGCGGUGAGAGGGGGAGGAACAGACUGGUAUCUCAGGCUGAAAACUGUCAGAGCAGGGUGGGGUCCCCCUGGCGUGCCCACGUACGUGCCCACCGCAGGAACAUAGCCCGGGCACGGGUACAGCUAGGGUUUGGAGACAUGGAGGACAGACACCCUCAUAAGUCGGAGGAGGACGGACACCCUCAUCAGACGGAGGAGGACAGACACCCUCAUCAGACGGAGGAGAGAGAUGGAGUGGGUGAGGGAAAGGCUGAUGAUGAUGAGGGUAGUCACCUCCCUGUGUCUCCUGCCCAGGCCUCCAGUAAGGAGGUGCCAGCUGUGGUGGAAGAGGAGGAGCACCUGUUGUCUCUAGAGCUGGACUCUGGAUCAGAACUAAACCAGACCCCACCUCCACUACCCUCCUCUCCUGGUGAGACUGACCCAGACACACUACCCUCCUCUCCUAGAGGGACUGACCCACCUCCACUACCCUCCUCUCCUAGAGAGACUGACCCACCUCCACUACCCUCCUCUCCUAGAGAGACUGACCUAGACACACUACCCUCCUCUCCUAGAGGGACUGACCCACCUCCACUACCCUCCUCUCCUAGAGAGACUGACCCACCUCCACUACCCUCCUCUCCUAGACAGACUGACCCAGACCCACUACCCUGCUCUCCUAGAGAGACUGACCCAGACACACUACCCUCCUCUCCUAGAGAGACUGACCCAGACACACUACCCUCCUCUCCUAGAGAGACUGACCCAGACACACUACCCUCCUCUCCUAGAGAGACUGACCAACCUCCACUACCCUCCUCUCCUAGAGAGACUGACCCAGACACACUACCCUCCUCUCCUAGAGAGACUGACCCAGACACACUACCCUCCUCUCCUAGAGGGACUGACCCAGACACACUACCCUCCUCUCCUAGAGGGACUGACCCAGACACACUACCCUCCUCUCCCACCAUCCCAGAGCUGUCUGUCCUGCCUCCUCUUCCUCGACCACCCUCAUCACACCACCAUCACCAGUCUGACCCUUCAAUCUCCUCUCAGAACAUCUACUGUAUGAGACUCUCUCCUGGUAGCCCUGUUACCCUCACUAACACCUCUCCCCCUGUUACCCUCUCUAACCCCCCUACUCCUGUUACCCUCACUAACCCCCCUACUCCUGUUACCCUCACUAACCCCCCUCCCCCUGUUACCCUCUCUAACCCCCCUCCCCCUGUUACUCUCACUAACCCCCCUCCCCCUGUUACCCUCACUAACUCCCCUACUCCUGUUACCCUCACUAACCCCCCUCCCCCUGUUACCCUCUCUAACCCCCCUCCCCCUGUUACCCUCUCUAACCCCCCUACUUUUGUUACCCUCUCUAACCCCCCUCCCCCUGUUACCCUCUCUAACCCCCCUCCCCCUGUUACCCUCUCUAACCCCCCUCCUCCUGUUACCCUCACUAACCCCCCUACUCCUGUUACCCUCACUAACCCACCUACUCCUGUUACCCUCACUAACCCCCCUCCCCCUGUUACCCUCACUGACCCCCCUCCCCCUGUUACCCUCACUAACCCCCCUCCCCCUGUUACCCUCACUAACCCCCCUCCCCCUGUUACCAUCACUAACCCCCCUCCCCCUGUUACCCUCUCUAACCCCCCCACUCCUGGGACCCUCUCUAAGCCCCCUCCUCCUGUUACCCUCUCUAACCCCCCUACUCCCCUCUCUUCCCCUGUUACCAUCACUAACCCCCCACCCCCUGUUACCCUCACUAACCCCCCUCCUCCCCUCUCUAACCCCCAUACUCCUGGUACACCGCUAUCCCCCUCCAUCCCUCUCUCCUGCCCCUCCACGCCCCAGGACCAACCCAGGGCCACCCCCCAGCAGGUGUUCUCUCCCUUCCCGAGUGUGAAACAGCACAGGAGGUCAGCUGCAGCCCGUAACCUGGGUCUCUACGGUCCCACAGCCAGAACCCCCACAGUUCACUUCCCUCAGCUCAGCCUGAACCGUCCCUCCUCCACUCUCUCCACCAGGAAGCGCUAGAGGCCACUCUUCACUGACUGACUGACUGGCUCUGGAAAAUAUACAGCCUGAUUCUCUCUGAUGGUCUGGAUCUGUGGCGUUGGGACAGGGGACUGUACCUGAGAGGAACAGGCAGGGACAGUAUCAGCUAUGGUCUGAUCCACUGCUGUAGUUAGGCCUUUAACUCUUCACAGUGUAGGUCACUCCCCUCUCAACCACUGGGAGAGGAAAAGCUGCUAUGAAACCCACUAUGUUGUAGUCAUCUCCCUGCAGGAAGCUGUAAACUGGGUCUGUCUGGCUGAAUGUCAUCAUGGGACAUCUCUGUCCACUCACCUUCUCUUCCAGGUCAAGUUCUCUUCACCAUAACACAAUGUUGAACCCUUAAAGCUCCUUCCUCCUCUCAGCUGAUUUCUGUUUCCACUUCCUGUCUGCCUGUUACUUCCUGUCAAUGUCUCUCCACAGUAAGACUCCAUACUAAAAGAUCCAUAGACCAUAUCAUGCCAUUGAUCUGAUUGUAUUGUUCUCUACAGUCUGCCAUUGAUCUGAUUGUGUUGUUCUCUACAGUCUGCCAUUGAUCUGAUUGUGUUGUUCUCUACAGUCUGCCAUUGAUCUGAUUGUGUUGUUCUCUACAGUCUGCCAAUGAUCUGAUUGUGUUGUUCUCUACAGUCUGCCAUUGAUCUGAUUGUAUUGUUCUCUACAGUCUGCCAAUGAUCUGAUUGUGUUGUUCUCUACAGUCUGCCAUUGAUCUGAUUGUGUUGUUCUCUACAGUCUGACAAUGAUCUGAUUGUAUUGUUCUCUACAGUCUGACAAUGAUCUGAUUGUAUUGUUCUCUACAGUCUGCCAUUGAUCUGAUUGUGUUGUUCUCUACAGUCUGCCAUUGAUCUGAUUGUGUUGUUCUCUACAGUCUGCCAAUGAUCUGAUUGUGUUGUUCUCUACAGUCUGCCAAUGAUCUGAUUGUAUUGUUCUCUACAGUCUGACAAUGAUCUGAUUGUGUUGUUCUCUACAGUCUGCCAAUGAUCUGAUUGUGUUGUUCUCUACAGUCUGCCAUUGAUCUGAUUGUAUUGUUCUCUACAGUCUGCCAAUGAUCUGAUUGUAUUGUUCUCUACAGUCUGCCAUUGAUCUGAUUGUAUUGUUCUCUACAGUCUGCCAAUGAUCUGAUUGUAUUGUUCUCUACAGUCUGACAAUGAUCUGAUUGUAUUGUUCUCUACAGUCUGCCAUUGAUCUGAUUGUAUUGUUCUCUACAGUCUGACAAUGAUCUGAUUGUGUUGUUCUCUACAGUCUGACAAUGAUCUGAUUGUGUUGUUCUCUACAGUCUGACAUUGAUCUGAUUGUAUUGUUCUCUACAGUCUGCCAAUGAUCUGAUUGUGUUGUUCUCUACAGUCUGACAAUGAUCUGAUUGUAUUGUUCUCUACAGUCUGCCAUUGAUCUGAUUGUAUUGUUCUCUACAGUCUGCCAUUGAUCUGAUUGUAUUGUUCUCUACAGUCUGCCAAUGAUCUGAUUGUGUUGUUCUCUACAGUCUGCCAAUGAUCUGAUUGUAUUGUUCUCUACAGUCUGCCAUUGAUCUGAUUGUAUUGUUCUCUACAGUCUGACAAUGAUCUGAUUGUAUUGUUCUCUACAGUCUGCCAUUGAUCUGAUUGUAUUGUUCUCUACAGUCUGACAAUGAUCUGAUUGUAUUGUUCUCUACAGUCUGCCAUUGAUCUGAUUGUAUUGUUCUCUACAGUCUGCCAAUGAUCUGAUUGUGUUGUUGGUAAAUGAACCCACACCAUCCUGGUGUCAGAGGUCACUGCACUCCUAAUAAAGAAGGUGAAAAGUU